AAGAAACAGAAGAAGAAGAAUGAUGAGGUUGUGUUUGUGGAUAUCCUCGUUUGUGCUCUCAUUGUUGUUCACCUUCGCCCUGCCCAGGGCUUUGGUAGACGGAGAAGGCCGAUCCGACUCAGGUGUCAGUUCCAUCAUCACCGAACAACUAUUCGAAGAAAUGCUUAAACAUCGAGAUCAUAGUGGGUGCAAAGGCGGCUUUUACACAUACGAAGCAUUCCUCAAAGCUGCCAAAUCCUUUGACGGUUUCGGAACCACAGGUGAUUUGGACACGCGUAAGAGAGAACUUGCAGCCUUCUUUGGACAAACUUCUCACGAGACUACUGGAGGAUGGGAUGAUGCACCCGAUACUCGAUAUGCUUGGGGAUAUUGCUUCAUUGAGGAAAUAGGAGGAGGAGAUUACUGUGUCCCAAGUAACGAUUAUCCCUGCGUUUCUGGUAAACAGUAUUAUGGCCGAGGACCCAUUCAGAUUUCUUACAACUACAACUACGGACAAGCAGGGGAUGCCUUGAAAUACGACUUGCUUUCCGACCCAGAUAAGGUUGCCAAAGACCCAGUAAUGGCGUUCAGAACUGCAAUCUGGUUCUGGAUGACACCUCAAUCGCCAAAACCGUCUUGCCACGACGUCAUGACGGGACAGUGGAUGCCAUCUUCUACAGACGCAGCUGCAAACAGACUCCCAGGCUAUGGAGUCACCACCAACAUCAUCAAUGGAGGAGUUGAAUGCGGGCAGGGUGAGGUUGAGACUGUUAGGCACCGAAUUGGAUUCUAUGAGAGAGACUGUGACUUGCUCGGCGUGAGCAUGGGUGAAAAUCUCGACUGCCACAACCAAAGGCCAUUUAACUGGGAUUCUAUAAUCAUUUCCUUGGCAUAGAAAAAGAAAUUGUACAAUUGUUUAUUCAUUUCACUC